AUGAAACGUUAUGAAAACAUCCUUUUCAGGGUGAAGCUAUCACUCAUCGUAUCAUGUUCAGUUGGUUAUUCUGGUCCAAUCUGUAACAAAUCACCAACAACGACCACAACAACUCCAACAACAACCACUACAACUCCAACAACAACCAAAACUCCAACUACAACAACUCCAACUACUACUCCAACAACCACAACUACAAUCACAACUCCAACUACAACCACAAUACAACCACUCCAACAACAACAACAACCACUCCCACAACACCAAGCACUCCAACAACAACCACAACAAUUCCAACAACAACCACAACUCCAACAACCACAACCACAACUUCAACAACACCCACUCCAAAGAACAACAACACCCACUCCAACAACAACCACAACUCCAACAACAAUAACAAGUACAACCACUCCAACAACAACAACGACCACUCCCACAACACCAACCACUCCAACAACAACCACAACAAUUCCAACAACAACCACAACUCCAACAACCACAACCACAACCCCAACAACACCCACUCCAACAACAACAAGCACUCCAAGAACCACAACUCCAACAACAACCACUCCAACAACAACCACAACUCCAACAACAAUAACAAGUACAACCACUCCAACAACAACAACAACCACUCCCACAACAACAACCACUCCAACAACAACCACAACUCCAACAACCACAACUCCAACAACACCCACUCCAACAACAACAAGCACUCCAACAACAACCACAAAUCCAACAACUACAACCACUCCAACAACAACAACAACCACUCCAACAACAACCACGACUCUAACAACAACAACCACAACUCUAACAACAACAACCACUCCAACAAAAACUAUAACAACAACAACUACAAAUCCAACAACCACAACAACUCCAACAACAUCCACAACUCCAACCACUACUCCAACAACCACAACAACUCCAACAACAACCACUACUCCAACAACCAUGACAACUCCAACAACCACAACAACUCCAACUACAACCAUUAGAACAACCACUACUCCAACAACCACAACAACUCCAACAACCACAACUCCAAAAACAAAUACAUCUCCAACCACUUCUACAGCUACAACUCCAACAGCAACUACAACUCCGCCUACAACCACUACAACCAUAACUCCAACAACAACCACUACUCUAGCAACCGCUCCAACAACAAUCACAACUCCAACAACCACAACUUCAAAACCAACCUCAACUUCAACAACAACCACAACUCCAACUCCAACCACAACUCCAUCUGCAACAACAACUCCAACAACAACCACAACUCCAACAACAACCACAAUUCCAAUUACGACCACAAAUCCAACAACCACAAAUCAGACAACUACCACAACUCAAACAACAACCACAACUAUUAUUACUCCGACAACAACCUCAACUCCAACUAUAACUCCAACCACAAUUACUACUCCAACAACCACACUAACUCCAACAACCACCACAUCUUCAACAUCUACAACUCGAACAACUACAACUUCAAAGACAACAGCAGAUGUAACACAAACAAUACCAUUAACAUCAACAAUUGUAACAAUAACUACAAAUUCAUUGACAAAAUCCAAUCUAACGCCAAUAAGAAACACAACGCCAGCAACAAAAAGCGGAACUCUAACGACAUCUGCUGGGAUAAUCACUACAAGUCAAAGUGGAAAAGAAAAAAAUCGAAUUCUCAUUUAUGGAAAAGUCUCGACACUUGUACUACAAAAACUAAAGAAGGAAAUAAUGCAGCAUCUUCAUACACUCCAAUCCGAUGUUGCAAAUCUUCACAUUAUACUUCAAGAUACUUUAGUGUAUAGCAAAAACAAUGAUCCGGUGACGAAGAUCAUUUACACGUACAACUGCAUUAAAUGUCACAUUCAAGAGAACCAGAUUAACGACAGUGUCAAGGCCGCUCUUCAAACAAUGAACCUGAAGCAAUACCAGGGGGAGGUCAACCCGAGGAAGGAAAUGACCAAGGAUGAUAAAAGUAAUACUGGUCUGGUCGCUGGAGUUGCUGUGGGUGUAUUGCUGUUGGUCGUUAUCAUUGCUGGACUUUCAAUAUUGUAUAGACGGAAACAACGUCGAUCAAUAAAAGAGAAAACACAUUACACGAAUGGUCACGGUAACGGGGCAUACGACACAGAUGAAACCCCUACCUUCAAAAACCCAACGUAUGAAACCAGUCAGGAGAAAAGACGACCAAGCAAUGAAUUUGAAUUAAAUUUCAAAGGAAGUCAAGCUUAGUCAUCCUUCUUAAGGCCGACAUAGAACGACUUUCCACAGGAAGCUGAAAUCAGUGUGAUGCGGUUUUUUCCAGUUUGUAUUGCAUUUACACCUGGCAGCAAAUUUCCAUUUCUCUCAUCGUCAUCGCCAUAUAUGAAACGUCUCCUUAGCUACUUCCUGGAGCCUUGAUCAAUUUAUAGAUCUUGAUAUUGGAUUUUUACUUACCUCUUGAGUCCUUGCAAACUCACCAUUCUGAGUUUCUGUGUAUGGUACAGCGAAAAUAUACAAUGCAUAUUAGAAUAUUUUAGAUGUUGAUUAAGAAUAACAAUCAUAAAUGUCAUGCUUAACAUAUAUAUAUUGGAACAUUGUAAAUAUGAAUUAUGGUUAACAAUCAUAAAUGUCCUGUUUAACAUAUACAUUGAAAUAUUGUGAAUGUGAAUGAAUAUUUAAAUGCAAAUACUAAAUACUCCUUGCAUAAGCGGUAUCUCUUUUUCUAUCAGAUUGACACCGAUAUCAAUCAGAGGACGAAAGUCGUGUUGAUCUAAUAGUCAUUCUGUGAAUUGCAGAAAGUUCUUGAUAGCUGUGAAUGUGUAUAUUUUCAAUCGCUCAUGUGAUAUGUCUAGACUAAGAAACUACGGGUCGAUGCAAUAUAUAAUGCAGAUUUUGUGAGGUGUUAUUAUUUCAAACUGAAGUUAUGACCUUGUGUUGUAUUACAUCCUAGUACAUAACCUCGGUACAUUACCCGUGCGAAUCGGUCACCAUUGAUCUCAAUUUAUUGUGAUAUAUAACAUGUACAUGAGAUGUACAAAUCUGUAACAAUUAUUUACUUAUGAACAUACUUAAUAUGGAUAUGUACAUUUAUUUAUGUCUGUUGUAAGUUAACACCAAGUGUAAAAGAGUGAAUGUCAUAUUUUAUUUUGCCUUGCUGUUUAUCUCUCCAUUCAGUUGACAUUGAUAAACAAUAUAUACAUGAA